UCACUAUCUUCCUCUUUCUCUCUUUCUCUCUUUCACUCUCUUCUUCCUUUUCGCUAUCACUAUUACUUACUUACUACUACUACUACAACAACUACUACUACUACUACUAUUACUACUAUUACUACCACUACUGUUAUCGUAGUUCUUCCUACUUUUAUACGACUUUCUUCUGUCUUUUUCUAUUCACUUAUCUCUUUCUCUUUUUUCAUUUUUCUCUUUUUUUCUUUCUUUCUUUAUCUCUCUUUCCCGCGCGCGUGCCUCCGUGCCGCAUCAGGCGAACGCAUAAGCUCCGCCGAGGACGACGUGCCGUGGUGGACGCUACUACGAUCAUCGAGUCGCGCGCGCGCUUUUCGCCCGAGAAGAGAAGAGAGGUGCCCGCGAGGCAUCAUCGUGUGACAAGAAGCGCCGUUUACGUGUGUCGAAAAAGAAAGAGAGAGAGAGAGAGAGAGAGAAAGAGAGAGAGAGAGAGAGAAAGAGAGUGCGAAUUUCAUAAAAGAAAGAGAAUUGAUCGAUCGUCUGGUAACAUUCUCGACGCGUGUUCUUCGGGGGGGUGCCAGAAAGAGUGAGCAAGUGCAUUGUUUUCUUUUCUUUUUUCUUCAAUUUUUUUUCUUUUUUUUUUUUGUUUCUCUUCUCCCUUUCUUUCACUUUUCACGAAAUGUCAACCGAACGUUCGUCGAUAACGGUUUAUAGCAGAGGAAGAGGGAUCUAUCGUGUCGGUUGUUGGACCCUCUGAAGUAUAAACGCAAGUUACGUUUCAUUCAUUGGAGAACGUUUGGAUUUGUUUGGUACCAGUUUGGUACCCGGCGGUGAUCAAGAGUGUUGUCUCGAGAUUUAAUGGAUUAUCGCAUUUAAUUCGACAUAUAUAUAUAUAUAUAUAUAUAUAUAUAUAUAUAUAUAAAAUUAACUGGGUGAAAAUAAUAGUAAAAAGGAUAAAAUACAAGGAAGAAAAAGAAAGAAGAAGAAGAAGGAGGAGGAGGAGGAGGAGGAGGAGGAGGAGGAGGAGGAAGUUGUAAAGAGUGAGCAAUUUAAUAGGACAAGUGCAUCUUAGAGGAAAAGACACGUACCUCGAGAGAAGCGAGAGACUCCUCGCGAUCGGCGCGAGUCGAGUCGAAUCGGAGGGCUCGGUGGUGGCGUACGAAGAGGAGGAAGGAGCCGUCAGGGUGGUUCGAGGGGGGACAGGAGGCGCGGACGCCCUGGCGACUGCCGGGGUGGUUUACCCGGCCGCGACGGCGACGUUGUUCCCCGGCCGGGUGCCGGCAGGACACCACCACCACCACCCCGAGUUCACCAGCACGUUGGAGCUGGGGUUCCCGGCGCGCGGCACCACCGCCUCAAUGGCGCUGGUAGCCCCGCCGCCCUCCUGGGCAUCGCGGGACCCUGGAGCUAGUCUCGGGGCCGGUGGUGGGCCCACACCAGCCGCGGCACCAGCUGCCACGGCCGGCGGCGGCGGACCACUUCAGGUUGGCCCGCCGCCGCCCAUGCCUCCUACUACGCAUUUAACACCCUCGGCUACGCCCGAAGAUAUCACGUGCCUCGUACCCACCGGUGCGGUUUUGACACCGAGAGAUCCUCUUCCACCUAGCACCACGCCCGGAAGUCAAGCCAACAGCUCGCAAUCCGGUAGCUCGCAAACGGACAAGUCACCGAAUAUCGAGUGCGUCGUUUGCGGGGAUAAAAGCAGUGGAAAGCAUUACGGACAAUUCACCUGCGAGGGAUGCAAGAGCUUCUUCAAGAGGAGUGUCAGGAGGAACCUGACGUACUCGUGUCGGGGUACCAGGAACUGUCCCAUCGACCAACAUCACAGAAAUCAGUGCCAGUUCUGUCGGCUGAAGAAGUGCUUGAAGAUGGGCAUGCGCCGGGAAGGUAUGCAUUCCGUUCAGAGAGGACGCGUGCCACCGUCGCAGCCAUCGCUGCCAGGUCUACCAGGACAAUUCGCUUUGACGAACGGUGACGCGGUCGCGUGCGCGAGCCUAAACGGGCACUCCUACCUCUCGUCCUAUAUAAGCCUGCUCCUGCGCGCUGAACCAUAUCCAACAUCGAGAUACGGACAGUGCGUGCAACAAAGUAACAUCAUGGGAAUCGACAGUAUCUGCGAAUUAGCAGCGAGGCUUCUUUUUUCGGCUGUUGAAUGGGCAAGAAACAUACCGUUUUUCCCUGACCUUCAGGUGACCGAUCAGGUGGCACUGCUAAGGCUAGUCUGGAGCGAGUUAUUCGUACUUAAUGCGAGCCAAUGUUCUAUGCCGCUUCACGUGGCGCCACUUUUAGCAGCGGCGGGUCUUCACGCGUCCCCUAUGGCGGCGGAUCGCGUGGUAGCCUUCAUGGAUCACAUAAGGAUCUUCCAAGAACAAGUGGAGAAGCUGAAGGCCCUACACGUUGAUUCCGCGGAGUACAGCUGCCUCAAGGCUAUCGUUCUCUUCACGACAGAUGCCUGCGGACUCUCCGAUGUGGCUCAUAUCGAAUCCCUUCAAGAAAAAUCACAGUGUGCCCUUGAGGAGUACUGUAGGACCCAAUAUCCGAACCAACCAACGAGGUUCGGCAAACUCUUGUUACGAUUACCGUCGUUGAGGACUGUAUCCUCGCAGGUGAUCGAGCAACUGUUCUUUGUCCGUUUGGUUGGUAAAACGCCGAUCGAGACACUCAUCAGAGAUAUGUUGCUCAGUGGUAGCAGCUUCAAUUGGCCUUACAUGUCCCCGAUGUGACACUCUGUUUGGCGGCAGCUAGCUUCCGCAUAAUAUCAUCAUCAUCGUCGCCAUCUUACCUCGACACUUAGCUCGGCGAUCAACGAGGAGGAAAUCGAAUCCUUCGAAUUUCUUUGAGAUCAUCAACGAGAUUUAUUCGAUCGUGGGUUGACAUUAUUCAGCAUCGUCGUCAAAAUAGAAACGCAAGAGGACGAAAGUUGCAGCUGAUGGAAGUCGAAGAAGAAUGAAGAGAAAGAAGAAGAAGAAAGAAGGAAGAAAAAAGAAAAAAGAAGAAGAAGAAGAAGAAGAAGAAGAGGAAGACAUCGGUGUAAAAGAAGAGGAAAGGAAGAUGUAAUGAAGACGUUGUCGGAGAAGAAAAUCAGAGGCGCCAAGUUAGUGGCCCAACAACAUCCAAGAACACCGUUAACACUCUCUUUCUCCUUCUCUCUCUCUCUCUCACACACACACACACACAUAUACACACACGCACGGACACAUAUAUACAUACAUAUAUACACACAUUUUAAAAUGAUCGAGUUAAGAAGAGAAUGAGAGAGGGAUAAAAGUCAAGCCUGGCCGUGAUACGUAUGACUGUACGGUGUAUAUCAUAGAAUUAAAGAGGAGAGAGAAAGAUAGAGAGAAAGAUAGAGAGAGAGAGAGAGAGAGAGAUAGAGAUAGAGAGAGAGAGAGAGAGAGAGAGAAAGAGAGAGAGAGAGAUAAAGAGAGAAGGAGA